UAUUACGGUGAUCGCAGUGGUACGACGAACGGCCGUCGACAUGGAUGCGAAGCCCGCGGAUCACCGAAAGUCCAAACGUGAUUUUCGAUACGCCGAAUCUCAACUCCGAAAUCUCAACACGAAAAUCGACAAACUGUUGAACAAACUAGACGAGAAAGAACAAGACGAAGCAAAAACGCCGGAAGAAGAGUGCGUGAUAUGCGUCAACUCGAAGGCGACGAUGCAGACUUGGCCGUGCGGUCACCGGGUGGUGUGCCGCAAGUGUCUGGUGCGCACCAUCCAGAUAGCCGUGUCUCGGCGGUCGUUGCCGUUGCGGUGCGUCGUUUGCCGCGCACGCGUGUUGCGCCUCAAGAGAUCGUCGGACCCGCGGACCGCGUCCACGGCGGUGCCGGUGACGUCGGACGGCGGCCGUGACGUGGCCGCCGCGGCCGGCCGGUCGCACAGCUUGCCGACAAAGCUCCGGCGGCACGUGACCGCCGCCGUGGCCGUCCGGUCCCGAUCGGUCGGCACCGGCAAAACAACGGGUCACGUGCGACGGACAACCAGCGGCGGCUGCGGUGGUGGCAGUAGCGCCGGACGGCGGCACAACUUUUCCGGAUGGGCCGACGCGUUUGCAACGGACUACGACGACGACGACGACGACGACGACGACGGCGAUGACGACGAAGACGAAGAGGACUACGGCGUCGGCAAUGGCGUUGCCGGAGGUGGUCGCUACCAAAUGCUCGCCACUUCCGUUAAAUACAGCAAACUGGAAUCGACGGCGGACCGGAUGAGACACGACAAUCAAUCGAAAAACGGUCUACAGAGGAUACUUGGUAAAUUCAAAUUCUGGCGAUUGUUACGUUUUAAAAACAACAAACCGUAACGAUUAUACACAUGGCGAUUUAUAUUAU